AUGUCCAGCAAAAUAUCUACCACAGAAGUGUGUUCUGCCAGAAACCCAAAGAAGCUAACAACAACUGCCAGUCUUCCUAUUCAAUCUGGCAGAUUGAAUAAAACGAUCAUUGAAACGGGGACCCUUUUCGGUUCUGUUGCUCGCUGGGGGGUGGAAAAACAUGAGUUCGGGAUGAGAAGACUAGCUGGCACUGCAGUAGAUGGUGAAAUGAGAGAUUGGUUUGUUGAGCAGUGCAAGUCGUUGGGCUGCAGAAUUUCCAUUGAUGAGAUUGGUAAUAUUUUUGCUAUUUUCCCUGGCAAGAAUGAAGGUAAACCGACUGCGAUAGGUUCACACCUUGAUACCCAGCCUGAAGCUGGGAAAUAUGAUGGUAUUCUGGGAGUUCUGGCCGGUUUAGAGGUUUUGAGAACAUUCAAGGAAAAUAAUUAUGUGCCAAACUACGAUGUAUGUGUCAUAUGUUGGUUCAAUGAAGAGGGAGCGCGCUUUCCACGUUACUGUAUGGGGUCGAGUGUAUGGGCCCACAAUUUGAGCUUAAAAGAAGCAUAUGAAAUGGAAUCAGUCACCGACAAAGUGCCAGAAACAGUUUAUGAGUCAUUGAAAAAUACUGGGUACUUAGGCGCAUCACCUGCAAGCUACGUUGAAAACGAAAUUGAUGCCCACUUCGAGCUUCAUAUUGAGCAAGGCCCUGUUCUGGAAGACGAAAAAAAGAAAAUUGGUAUAGUAACAGGGGUCCAGGCAUGUUACUGGGAAUUAUUCACAGUUAAAGGUGACGCUAGUCAUGCAGGAACAACACCAAGAAGAUUAAGGAGAGACGCUAUGUUAAUGGCUUCCAGAAUGAUAUUGAAAGCAGAAGAAAUUGCAGAGAAAAGGGGAGGUUUGUUUACCUGUGGCGUGAUCGAUGCUAAACCUUACUCGGUUAAUAUCAUUCCUAAUGAAGUAUCAUUCACACUAGAUUUCAGACAUGUGUCUGAUCAGAUUCUGGACGAAAUGCUCUCUGAAACGAAGGCUGAGUUUGACAAAUUAGUUAGUAGCAACCGUAAUGGUCCUUUAAGCUGGACAUCGAAAAUGUUAGUGAAUACACCCGUCAUUAAAUUUAAUGAGAAAUGUAUCGAGUGUGUGACCAAAGCAACGCAGAGUUUAUUUGAACCCAGUGAAGUGAGAGAGAUCUGGUCGGGAGCUGGUCAUGAUUCAUGUCAAGUGAAUUUUCGGGUUCCAACUUCUAUGAUAUUCAUUCCAUCUAAAGACGGGCUCUCGCACAAUUAUUUGGAAUAUUCUUCUCCAAAGGAAAUUGAAAGUGGUCUUAUGGUCUUACUGAAAACGAUUAUGAACUAUGACUCUCAUAGAGCAGAAAGGGGCUACUGA